GGAGAAGUAAAACACCGUUAAAUUGGGAACAAUGUUGUCGAAUAAUUAACGUCCAAACAACAAACCUAUUAAUGUCGUGGCAAACCCGGAGGAGCUGAUGUUGCCGUUUUAUGUUCGUUAUGUCAAUUGGACUCUUAACCCUGUAGAGUCUCCCCCACGACAACAUAGUCCUAUUCCAAAUAGUCCACCUCAUGUUGACUCGGCUGCUCAAAGAAGGAUGUACAAGUCCGAAAUAGAAACAUCUACAACUGAAUCUGCCACAAAUGCUUCUUCCUCACAACAUCUUGAAACUAGUUAUAUGUCAAACAACACAUCAAGAUUGACAAAUAAGAAGAAGACGAGCACAAAGGCAUUAGUGAAGCGUCUCAUAGGCGUUGUGGCAGAGUUAACUUCUAAAGUAGACCGUGCAUUACAGAAAAAAGAUGUACCAGACACAAAUGUUGAACCAGACAGAGGGUUUCAAGAGGAGGAAGAGAUGAUAAAUGAAGAGGAGGAAGAAAAAUAUCAACAUCAUACAUAUUUUGACUAUGAUGAUAUCGGGACUCAAGGUUUGGAGGGGGAAUUUUGGCCUACACCUACGCAUGUUGAGCAGUCAUCGGACGUGGGUGAAGAUCACACAAAAGAAAUGACUCCCAUUGGUAGGCCGCAACGAAAGAGGGGUGUUCCAUGGUUUCAGCGGACUCCGUUCACAGUGAGUCCUGAAAAACCAAAUGAAGACAUUGUGAAUGAAGAGAGUAAUGAUGUUUCAAAUCAUCUCCUGCUCGACAGUGUUGAAGCUGCCAGUACGUUGAGUUUUUGGAAAGAAUGGAAUUCGAUCUCUGCCAACCUAAUCACUAAGCAUAGGCUGCAUAUGCUCACACUGGAUGUCGACGUUUGGUCGAGGUUACUUGCAGUUACUGACACUGGGUGGUUACUUUCUUCGCAUAUUGCGAUAUGGGGUGCCUUGCUCAUGGAAAGACGGCCGACGAACGCAAGGUGGACGAUAUUCCCUCAAGAACUUAGUUUGCAAAAGGGAAAAACAUAUUUUCUUAGGAAUAUCGCAAAUGGUGUCGAAGGCCAUCCUAAAUGGAAGGAUGUGGAUAAGGUUGUAUUCCCCCUAAUCAUUCCUCAUGUCCAUUGGUUUUUGGCAGUGCUACAUUUAGAUACUUGGAAAGUAGACAUCUAUGAUUCAGCACGAUGUAUGAAUCACUUCACAAAGUACUACGUUGGUGGAGAAUUCAAAAGUUUUGGGGAUAGUCUAAUUGAAGAGCUAGAUGCGAUUGAAUACUGGAAGGAUUUCCCUGAUGAACACAAAGACAACACAGUUGUGGAGUUUAUUGAUAUUGUAGAUGCGCCACAACAAGAGUAUAUUAGUGAAAGAGGGGAUUGUGGAGUAUUCGUAUGCAUGUUUAUGGAAAUGAUUGCUUUGGGGGUACCGGUGAAGAGUGAUAAGCCAUGUAGAGAUGCAGGAUUUCUCUACAGAAAUAGGAUGACAAAUAUAAUUUGGGAUACUAAAUAA